UCCCUCUCCCAACAUGGCGGCCUCAGCAAAAAAGAAGAAUAAGAAGGGGAAGACCAUCUCCCUAACAGACUUUCUAGCUGAGGAUGGGGGAACUGGUGGAGGAAGCACCUAUGUCCCCAAACCAGUCAGCUGGGCUGAUGAAACAGACGAUCUGGAAGGAGAUGUGUCAACAACUUGGCAUAGUAACGAUGACGAUGUGUACAGGGCACCUCCUAUUGACCGUUCCAUCCUUCCCACUGCUCCACGGGCUGCUCGGGAACCCAAUAUUGAUCGGAGCCGUCUUCCCAAGUCACCACCCUACACUGCUUUCCUAGGGAAUCUGCCCUAUGAUGUGACAGAAGACUCUAUUAAGGAUUUCUUUAGAGGAUUAAAUAUCAGCGCUGUACGCUUGCCGCGUGAGCCCAGCAAUCCAGACAGGUUGAAAGGUUUUGGCUAUGCCGAAUUUGAGGAUCUGGAUUCUCUGCUCAGUGCUCUGAGUCUCAAUGAAGAGUCUCUAGGUAACAGGAGAAUUCGGGUGGAUGUUGCUGAUCAAGCACAGGAUAAAGACAGGGAUGACCGUUCUUUUGGUCGAGAUAGAAAUCGGGAUUCUGACAAGACAGACACAGACUGGAGGGCCCGUCCUGCCACAGACAGCUUUGAUGACUACCCACCUAGACGAGGUGAUGACAGCUUCGGAGACAAGUAUCGAGAUCGUUACGAGUCAGACCGGUAUCGGGAUGGGUAUAGGGACGGAUAUCGGGACGGCCCACGCAGAGACAUGGACCGCUAUGGGGGCCGGGAUCGCUAUGAUGACCGAGGCAGCAGAGACUAUGACCGAGGCUAUGACUCCAGGAUAGGCAGUGGCAGAAGAGCAUUUGGAAGUGGGUACCGGAGGGAUGACGACUACAGAGGAGGUGGGGACCGCUAUGAAGAUCGCUAUGACAGACGGGACGAUCGGUCAUGGAGCUCCAGGGACGAUUACUCUCGGGACGAUUACAGGCGUGAUGACAGAGGUCCCCCCCAAAGACCCAAACUGAAUCUAAAGCCUCGGAGUACUCCUAAAGAAGAUGAUUCCUCUGCUAGCACCUCCCAGUCCAGCCGAGCGGCUUCUAUCUUUGGAGGGGCGAAGCCUGUUGACACAGCUGCUAGAGAAAGAGAAGUAGAGGAGCGGCUACAGAAGGAGCAGGAGAAGCUGCAGCGUCAGCUGGAUGAGCCAAAACUAGACCGCCGGCCCCGGGAGAGACACCCAAGUUGGCGAAGUGAAGAAACUCAGGAAAGAGAACGGUCGAGGACAGGAAGUGAGUCAUCGCAGACUGGGACCUCAGCCACAUCUGGCAGAAAUACACGAAGGAGAGAGAGUGAGAAGUCUCUAGAAAAUGAAACCCUCAAUAAAGAAGAAGACUGUCACUCUCCAACCUCUAAGCCUCCUAAACCUGACCAGCCUCUAAAGGUAAUGCCAGCCCCUCCACCAAAGGAGAAUGCGUGGGUGAAGCGAAGCUCUAACCCUCCUGCUCGAUCUCAGAGCUCAGACACAGAGCAGCCGUCCCCUACAAGUGGUGGAGGGAAAGUUGCUCCAGCUCAGCCCUCUGAGGAAGGACCAUCAAGGAAAGAUGAAACUAAAGUGGAUGGGGUGAGCACCACCAAAGGCCAGACUGGACACUCCAGCCGUGGUCCUGGGGAUGGAGGGAGCAGAGACCACUGGAAGGAGUUGGAUAGGAAGGACGGCAAAAAAGAUCAAGACUCCAGAUCUGCACCUGAGCCAAAGAAAUCUGAGGAGAACCGAGCCUCUAAGUUCAGUUCUGCAAGCAAGUACGCUGCUCUGUCUGUGGACGGUGAGGAUGAGGAUGAGGGAGACGACUGCACUGAGUAGACCUCCACACCUGUGCUUUCUCCUUGUCUCCACCCUGGAACAUUCAAGAGCAAAUCAAACCUCUAUCCAGACAAGACAAAAUAAACUCACCAUCUCCUGAAGACCUUUCUAAACUUUUUUUUUAAUGAAAUGAAAUUCUUUUGCAUGCUGCUGCAGCCUUUUAAAGUAUUGGAGUAACUGGAGAAUCACCAUUGUAGCCAGAGAUGCGGCUACCGCUUCUGAACAGGGAAGUUGUGUCUGAUGAUACCAAGCAGUUACCUGUGUGAAUAGUGCCUGGGGCUCCAUUCAGCAGAAAUGCAGUGACAGAGAGGCAGUCACACCAGUUAGGCAGUAGAGAACGCAGGGAGAAGUGAGAUUUCCACCUUCUAAUUCUUAUCCUAAGGUGGCACCUGUGAACCCCCACACAUUACCUGAACAAACUUCCCAUCCUUAGGUAGCUCUAGUCUCUCAAGCUGUUUUAGUCUCCAGGAGGCUGCCAACCCCUCUACUUUAGUUCUGACUUCAGUGGGGCCAGCCUAGGGAGAAUUGUUUUUUGUUUUGUUUUUUUUUUUACCCCCCAAGGGGGUAGUUGGGAGUGAGUCUACAGGCCACUAACAGUAGCACCGCUUGGGGACCAAAAUGAAUGGGAAAUUCAAUCGUGGUUUGAAAAGCUUUGGGGAGGUGAUCGAUUAUAUUUUAUACCAGGUAGUAAGGGAAAUGGUGUGACCUCCAGUAACUACAUGAAUAGAGUGGUCGUUUCUGGAUGAGGAAGCACUUACAGGUCGUGGGAAGUUCUAGUCUUGUGUGUCCUGGUUUUGCCCCUUCUAAACUGUCCUCUCUAGAGGUUUGAGCAUAUCCACAUUCUUUGAAAACCUUGUCACUCUGGCCAUCUCAUGUUCUCCAUGACACUUAGACUCCCAGAGCUGUCUCUGAGUCACACACCUCCACAGACAUUGUAUCUUGGCCACAAGAGCAGGGCCUGAGGACUCACUGCUUUUCCAGGCAGACCAGCUCUGUGCUUUCUUUAUCUUUUGAUUCCUGCCCUAUCUGCUGCUGUCAUCCCUGACUGAUGGGCUUGGGUGGGGAAUGGGGUGUAGACGGGGUGAGUUGGAGCCUUCAGCCUUCGAGUGUUUAAAGGUUUCUGUCUAUAAGUUUCCUUCACUGAACCCCACACCGGUGCUUGAGUUGUCACUGCUUUUCUGCCUAGGAGGGCUGGCGUCUUUACUCCCCUCCAGAGUAAAGGAGGAUGCAAAGAACUGUUGGCCAGGGUCCGAGUUCCUCGUGCAGCGCUGUAGCCUGUCUUGAUGUGCACCUUUGUAGCUCAGCUCCGAGGAUGGCAAGCUUCCCUGUUGUGGGUAGUCAGGUACCUGCAGACAGAUGAGACCUUGGUUUUAGCACAAGUUCCUAGGCCUGCUGUGCAGGAGCAUUGACGUCACGUGCUGCAGCAGUAGGCACAGCAAAUUUCUUCGGUGGAUUUGAUUGGCUAGUAGCUAGGAGGGCUUUUGCAGAGAUACCCAGGUUGAAUGGGUUUUUAAACCAUUGUUGUAGACAGUGAGAAGGUAGUUUGCCCUCUUCAUGUCUAUUUCCCUUCCAGAUAGUUGCAUCCAAAAGACAGCUGUUUUGUCCCACUCUCCUACUUUCCUCUGUUAAAAUAAGAACAGGGGUUGACUUAUGUCCCGCUCCUGAAUACAUGUAAAAUUUGUACAAAAAUAUCUUCUAUGAAAAUGAUUUGUAAUCUGUAGACAUUACUUGGGAGAUGUCUUGAGAUGUAAAAUCCCAUCCUUUGGGUUGAGGGUUUUUUGUUUUUCUCCAAAUAAAUCCAGUCUUUAAA